UGUUGAUCUCCAAGAUGGCAGCGACGCUCAUCACCAUGAAGCUCCUCGUCGAUUCCCGCCCGCCAUGCCCACGCGUGGUGUUCGCGGAGGCCCACAAGGACGCUGUCGACUUCCUCUUCUCCCUCCUCGCCAUGCCGACCAGCAACGUCCUGAAGCACCUGGGAAAUGAGUCCAUGGUUGGCUGCAUCGGCAACCUCUACACCAGCAUUGAGAAGCUUGAUGACCCCUACGUCCAGCCCGGCGCUGCCAAGGACGCCAUUCUAACUCCUACCGUGCUACCCCGUGCGGCGAAGUCCAACAGAUCUUUCUUCCGCUUGCCGGAGCUGUCCCCGGCCAUGAAAAGAUUCUUCGGAUGGGGCGGCUAUACCUACUCCAGCAGCCGCAACUACGUGACGGAAGAGAGAGGUGCUCAGUGCCCGAUGUGUGGAACCCAGAUGUUUGGUGAUUCCCAGUAUGUGUCGUCCGAGCAUUUGACCCAAGAAGCGAAAGGGUUAGUGCAGGGCGGCAUGGUGACUUACACCGUGACAGACGACCUAAAGAUAUUUCCCAUGUCAAACAUCUCCAGCAUUGCGCUGCUCAACACCAUCGCGGUGAGGGACCUAGGUGCGCUCCAGGAGAGGAUUGUGCAGCUCGGGUACAAGGAGGGUGUGGAGAUUCUCAAGACCUCGCUCCAGUCCAAAACCGUCCUAACUGAUGUUUUCCUUGGUAAGAAGACUUAACCCCGUUGAACAACGUACGGCGGAUGAUUUGAAUCCCUCAGAUAGCAUAUGCUUGAGCUAGCCUUGAAUCGUACAGAUGUGUAUGUAGCUUGGUCUAUGUUUCUAGCUAGCUUUAAUAAUCUAGUUGUUACGUCAUUUCUUCGUGCUUGUACUACUAAUGUUACUAUAUAUAUGCAUGUUUCUAGUA